AUGGGGUCUUUAAGAGGCAGCUCGAGCAUCUUCAAUGUCGACUCUCCUCAACAAGACAUCAAUGUUCCUCCGCACGUUGUCCAGAGCCUUCACUAUCUUUCUCUUGCAUUCCGCCCUCGUGAAGAUGAUAAAAUUGACUUUCGCCGUUCCUUUACCCCACAGUUCAUAUCCUCUCGAGGCAACGAGUACUUCUGCGAGAUUGAUGAAGAAUACUUGACCGACCGCUUCAAUCUGACUGGGCUUAAUACUGAAGUUCAGUACUACCAGUACGCUCUCGACUUGAUUACAGAUGUGUUCGAUCUCGACGCCGAUGACGAACUCCGUGAGCAGAUUGAGAAAUCAGCCCGUCAUCUCUAUGGCUUGGUUCACGCUCGCUAUAUUGUCACCACUCGUGGGCUGGCCAAGAUGCUUGACAAAUACAAAAAGGGCGACUUUGGAAAAUGUCCUCGUGUUCUGUGCGACCAACACCCACUACUUCCCAUGGGCCAGUCUGAUCUGGCUAAUCAGAAGACCGUGAAACUAUACUGCGCAAAAUGUGAAGAUAUUUACAACCCAAAGUCCUCUCGCCAUGCUUCUAUUGACGGAGCCUACUUCGGUACUUCCUUUCACAACAUCCUCUUCCAGGUUUAUCCAGCUCUUGUGCCAGAAAAGAGCAUACGCCGCUAUGAACCCCGCAUCUACGGUUUCAAGGUACAUGCCUGCGCUGCUUUGGCUCGCUGGCAGGAUGCUCAGCGCGAAGAGAUGAAAGCGCGUCUCCAUGCUGUGAAUAUGGAUCCUGGAUUCAUUGAGGAUAGUGAAGACGAAAAUGAUGAGUUUGAUGACGACGACGAAGUGGAUGAUAAGUUGGAGCCGGCAAAAGGAACUCUAGCAGCUGGAGGCACUAAUUCUGCACGCAUGGAUGUGGGGAUUUAG